CCGGCGCUCGGCCCCCGGCGCAGGGCGGAUGGGCGGCCGCUGCGGGCCGGGCGAGGCUGUCGGCGCGCGGGGCGCUGUCCUGUCGCUCCGUGCUGCGGUCUCGUCCCGGCUGCUGCCGGCCCCGCUCCGUCCCUCCCUGCCGCAGCACGGUGUGUGUACUGAAGAUGCAGAAACCAUGUAGCAGAAAGCUCUGAGCAGUUGCGGAUUAUCAGUUCCUCCCAACAGCAGUAAAAAGUGAAGAAUGAAGGUGCCUGGAUUUAUUUCCCUAUGGACGUUGACUUCAGUCCUUUGUGGCCAGUUAGGAAAUACUGCGGAGCAUGAAGAUGUAGUAAAGCAUGCAAUCAAGCUGCAUCGUGGGAAAGGAGCUGUUGUUACUCAGCGAAAGCAGUGGGUGAUGGAGAGCUGCAGGAAACUGUCUGGUCUUCUUCGCCAGAAGAAUGUUGUUCUCAACAAAUUAAAAAACGCUAUAAGAGCGGUUGAGAAGGAUGCUGGGCUGUCAGAUGAAGAGAAACUUUUUCAGGUGCAUACCUUUGAAAUUUUCCAAAAGGAGCUAAACGAAAGUGAAAAUUCAGUCUUUCAAGCAAUCCACGGCCUCCAGAGAGCUCUACAGGGUGAUUACAAAGAUGUUGUAAAUAUGAAAGAAAGCAGUAGGCAGAGACUGGAAGCCUUGAGAGAAGCUGCAAUUAAGGAAGAAAUGGAAUACGUCGAACUCUUAGCAGCGGAGAAGCAUCAGGUUGAAGCCCUUAAGAACAUGCAGCAUCAAAACAAAAGCCUGUCAAUGCUCGAUGAAAUUCUUGAAGACGUCAGAAAGGCAGCUGAUAGACUGGAGGAAGAAAUAGAAGAGCAUGCCUUUGAUGACAACAAAUCUGUAAGAGGUGUUAACUUUGAAGCAGUUUUAAGGGUGGAAGAAGAUGAAGCCAACUCCAAAAGAAAUGCUUCAAAAAGAGAAGUAGAGGAUGACUUAGGUCUUAGUAUGCUCAUUGAUUCCCAGAACAAUCAGUAUAUCCUUACCAAGCCCAGAGAUUCAACCAUUCCUCGUGCUGAUCAUCAUUUCAUAAAGGAUAUUGUGACGAUAGGAAUGUUGUCUUUGCCAUGUGGCUGGCUAUGCACAAUGAUAGGAUUGCCAACUAUGUUUGGGUAUAUCAUCUGUGGCGUACUGCUAGGACCAUCAGGAUUAAAUAGCAUUAAGUCUAUUGUGCAGGUGGAGACAUUAGGAGAGUUUGGUGUAUUCUUCACUCUCUUUCUAGUCGGUCUGGAAUUUUCUCCUGAAAGAUUAAGAAAGGUGUGGAAAAUAUCUUUGCAAGGACCCUGCUACAUGACAGUUCUGAUGAUUGCCUUUGGUUUAUUGUGGGGACACUUGCUCCACAUCAGACCAACACAAAGCGUCUUCAUUUCCACUUGUUUGUCUUUAUCAAGCACACCAUUGGUGUCAAGAUUUCUUGCAGGUACUGUUCGAGGAGAUAAAGAAGGGGAUAUUGACUACAGUAGUGUACUACUUGGCAUGUUGGUGAUGCAGGAUGUGCAACUCGGUUUAUUUAUAGCUGUUAUGCCUACACUUAUUCAAGCAGGAGUGAGCACACGUUCCAGCAUUUUCAAGGAAAUACUGAGAAUACUGAUACUGAUUGGCCAAAUUCUCUUUUCUCUGGCUGCUGUUUUUCUUAUAUGUCUUGUUAUAAAGACUUAUCUCAUAGGACCGUAUUAUCGCAAGUUGCAUGCAGAAAGCAAAGGGAAUAAGGAAAUCCUCAUUCUAGGAAUAUCUGCAUUCAUCUUCCUAAUGUUAACGAUCACAGAGCUGUUGGAUGUUUCAAUGGAGCUGGGAUGUUUCUUAGCUGGAGCUCUGAUCUCUUCUCAGGGUCACAUGGUUACUGAGGAGAUUAUGGCCUGUAUUGAACCAAUACGUGACUUUCUUGCCAUCAUUUUCUUCGCAUCCAUAGAGUCUCUAAGAUUUCUCUUCUUGAUGCUGGAUUUUCCCGGACAUGGUGAUGACUACGUUUGGAUCUUCGCAUGCUACAAUGCAGCAGGACUUCAUGUUUUUCCCACAUUUGUAAUAUAUGAACUCACAGUGUUGCUCUUCCUUACGUUGUCUGUGGUCAUAAUGAAGUUUGUCUUGGCAGUGCUUGUCCUUUCUCUGAUUCUUCCAAAGACCAGCCAGUAUAUCAAGUGGAUUGUCUCAGCAGGACUGGCACAAGUCAGUGAAUUCUCUUUUGUUCUGGGAAGCAGAGCACGCAGAGCAGGGAUCAUAUCUCGGGAGGUCUAUCUUCUUAUUCUGAGUGUGACUACUCUAAGCCUUUUACUCGCCCCUGCCCUGUGGAGAGCUGCAAUUAUGAAAUGUGUUCCAAGGCCUGAAAGACGCUCAAGUACUUGAUAAGACUUGCACAUGAACAAGAACACAUCUUGUUGCAAAGAAUAUCUUCAUUGCUCAUUGUAUUUCUAUGCACUUGGAAAACAAGAGGUUUUCAGUAGUCCUCUUAACAUGCACUUGGUAAUAAGCCUUACACUGACCUUAAAACAAAAUUCAACACUAAAGAAUGAUUUGAUUUUUAAUUGCACGCCUCUUACAAAACUGGCUUUCUCUGACAGAUUAGAAUCUGCCAGAGUAUUUUUUUUAUCUGAUCAAUUAUGCAGAGUCUAAAUUAUUUUUUUAACUAUAGCAUCAUGCAAAUUGUGUUGAUUUUUUUUUUUUUGCCUGAAUGUGCCUUUUAAUUCUCAUCCUCCUUUUGUUACUAUUAGUUCACCAGUCAGAUCUUGUUUAAAAAGAGUGUAUUAUGGUGCCUAUGGUAUCUUCUUCCAUUAAAUGACUUGAGUCAUUUUCGCAUUUAGGAGUGAGUUCAGUAGACCAGUGUAAAUUCCAUCACAAAACAAACCUGUAAUGGUGAGUAAAAGUCUAGUCCUUUAUACAAAGAAAAAGUUUAGUUGUUAGUAUCAAACUGUUUUAAGCAGUCAAAUAUGUACUCCAAAUGAUGCAGCCAAUAUUGUAUGAUAUUUUGCUCCAAAUUCCAGCAUAUAAUGUGUUUUCUUACAGUGGUAACUUCUGUUUGUGUUAGUUCUUGCAUUUAUAUACAUACUUGAUUGAAAGUUGAUGGUGAGAAAGGGCAUAGCUUAAGUUAUGUUUGAAGACUGACAGUUGUCAUCCAUUCCUGUUCCUGGCUACCGCUACAGUAAUUGUUUACAGUUUUGUUUGUUUGUUUUAAAUCAGAAAUAAACUUAGUAGAUAUGGGUAGUCUAAUUUCAAGCAGAUGUUUAAAAAAAAAAUCACUCCAGAGGUUGGACGUUAUUUAUAAUAUUCUGCAUUUGAAAUUAUUUUGAGUAAAUUAAUUUGCACAAAACUAGAAAUGGCAGCUUGAAUAUGUAUUUGGAACUCCACAAUGUUAUACUUUGCAUUUACAUUGAAUAAAUUGUUAGUCUUUUAAAAUAUUGUGAUAUUUAAAGAAACAUUGUUUUGAAUGUGAUCUUAAAUGCAAGUGCUUUGUUCUUUAGAACAUUAUAGACAAACAGGAUGAGCCUUGUAAAAGCCUAUUCCUUAAGAAUCAUAGAGAAGGUUUAAUUCAUGGACUGUAGCCUACCCUGACAAUUUAAAAAUCAUCUUGAGGUUUAUCUGUUUAAAACAAUGCUAUUAAAAAUAUGUUAACACUUUAGGUCAGUAUUAUACUGUCAUUUGAAAUAACUUUGAUACCCACCAAACAGCUAGAAAAAUAUAUGUUACAUAGGUUUGAAUUGCCAAUUAAAAUGAAAGUCGUCCUCCCACUAGCAAAACUAACAGAGCUUUGGAUGGACUUGUGUUUUAUACUUCUUUCCUGUCCUGUAGUAGCCUCAGCUUCCUCCUGUGUUUUCUCUGUUAUCUGCUGGGUUUGUCAAAAAGUAGCUUGGGCUACCCUGGAGCAUGUACUUACCUGGCAGUGGCCAACUGAUCUAACAGCAGGGUUCAUCACACUUGAGUUCUUGGGCAUUGGAUGUAUGUCUGUAUCUCCAGGCACUGAUUUCCAUAGAAACUUACAAGAAUGCAUGGCAAUUCCACUUUUCCUUGAGUGCUUUCAAAUGUUACCGAGGAACAGUGCUGUUACAGAAGCAAAAGCUGUCCUAAAUAUAUAAAAUACUUCGAUUAUAAAAUGAGUCAUUAACAGAAGAAAUUUUUAAA